GGGAAAGGCUUAAUGAAGGAUUUGAAGUUCGUUUUAGACGAGCUGAAAGUCUUUUUGAAUCAGAAUUGACAGCAGCAAAAAUGUUAUAUACAAGGGAAUUGCAAGCAUUGAGAGAACAUGAAGAGGCCCUUAAAGACGAAUUAGCUGCUAGACAGGAGGAAUUUCAAGAUAAAUUAAUUGAAUUACAGCAUUAUUCGAAGCAAGCUAAAGAAGAGGUUGUUAAUUGUAGAAAAGAGGUUGUACAGCUAGAAGAAAAAUUGAAAGAAAAAGCUGCUGAAAUUCAGCGGUUGGCUAAAGAGCUUUCUGCCGCCCGUCGCCAAACAGAAGAUUCCUUCCGUCGCCUAAGUGAAGCCCGUUCAGAAGCUGAACAAAACCAAGGCCUUUUGGAAGAACAAAGAGAACAAUUAGAACAAAGAAAUGCUUUAUUAAAAAAUGCGGAAGAGUUGCGAGCUAAAUUAGAACAAACAAUUGGGGAAUUAAGAAAAGAAGUUAUUGCAUUAGGUAAUCGAGUAGAUUUACUUGAAAUUGAGAGAGAUGGGUUAAGGGCACAAGCAGAAAGUCAGACAGAGCUUCAUGAAUCCCAAUUAACGGCAUUGGAAGCGAUGUUAGAAUCAGUUACAAGAGAAAAAGAAGAAUGUGCCGAACGUUGUGAAGAAACACUCCAAAAGGAACGAGCUGAAGCAGAAGAAAGAGAAUCUACACUUAGAGGGGAGUUUUCGACAAAAUUGAGUGAAUUAGAAGAACAAUAUAACGGAUUGAGGGAACAUGUAGAAAGGGAAGAAGAUGGAGAAUUUGGACCUGAAAAUGAGAAAUUAUGGGAAGAAGUUGAAUUAUUGAGAGCAGAGAAGACUGAUUUGGAGGAGAAAAUUGAAAAACAACAAAUUGAUAAUAAAGAAUUAUCACGAGUAAUUAAUUCAAUUGAAGGCAAAUUAAAAGUAGAAAAUGAAGAGGAAGAAGAAGCGGAGGAAGAGAUUGAAAUGGAUAAAUUAUUAGAAAAGUUAUACGAAUUGGAACGAAGUGUUGAGGGAAUAGUAAAGGAAAAGGAACGUGCCGAAGCAAGACUAGAACAAUUACAGGAGGGAGAUGUUAAUGCUGGUUGGAAACGUGCAGAUGAAUUAACUAAAGAAUUGGAGGAAGAAAAAAAAAAAUUGGCUGAAGUAGAAAAACGACUUGAAAUUGAAUUAAAUUCGAAAAGUGAAGUUGAAAGGGUUGAUCUCCUUGAAAAAGAAUUAGCUAAUAUAAAGGAACAAUUGGAGGAAGAACGUGAAAAGUCAGAGAGGGAAUUGAGACGUUUGGAAUCUCAACACGCGUUAGCAUUAGAGCUAAAAAUUGGGGCAUUAAAUAGAGAACAUGAACGUACUGUAGAAUUUAUACAACAAAGAGAGCAGGAAUUGGCUAGAAAAUUGGAAUUAAUAAAUGAUAAUGAUAAAUCAGAAAAAAUUCUGGAAGAACAUGAAUGUCAAACAGAAUUACUUGAUGAAAAAAUUUUUGAAGAGAAGGAACAAAAAAUGAUAACCAAUAAAGAGGCGUUGAACAGGGAGAAGGAACUUAUUGAAGUAAUAAAGCAAUUGCAAGCUGAACUAUCCGAAGCUUACAACAAACAAGCAUGUAAUUGUUGCUUCAACAAAAAGGAGCUGCGUUCGCAAAGUAUAGCCAAUACAAGUGAACAUUUGGCAUUUUGCCAAAAAGCAACAGGAGCACGUUUAACAGUUGAGGAAUUAUCUCAAAGAAAGGAUUGUUGUCAAAGACACGAACAUUGGAGGUGUUCUUCUUCAAAUAGUGGAAGAGGGAUUGCUGGGAGGAUGGAAGCUAUUGCCCCACAAGAAUUAACUCCAGAACAUUCACAACAUAGACUUCAUUCACCUAUUGGAAAUGUCCACCACCGCAUUUCUCCCUCCCAUCAAUUAUUUUUCGGCAAAGGCUCAUCUCCAAGUAGUGAAAAAGCAGAGAAACGACCAGCAUGGAAAUUUUGA